CCUCAAGGAGUGCGAGGUGACAUUCGCGGGGCGCCGCGGCGGGGAACGCGAGUCUGACGGCGAGGCGGGCGCUGCCCGGAACCCAUCUUUCUCAAUAGGAUGGCCUCGCCGGCGCCGCGGGCCGCCGCGGCGGGCGGUGCACCAUCAGGUCCGGUGCACCCUCACUUGUUGCCCCCGGGCACGAUCGUGGCCCUGCCCGACGGCCAGGUCGCCGUCCUCCAGCAGCCGCGGCCGGGCCUGGCGCCGCCGGGCUUCGUCCCGCUGCCCGUGCCGCCGCCGACGCGCGCGGCGGCGCCGCGGCCUCCGCGCGGUGGUCCGGCAGCUAGAGCGCAAGCGAGGUGGGUCGCGCCCUUCGUGCGCCAGCUCCACGAGCUCGCCGACCGGCCCGGGACGCUCGUGUCCUGGGAGAGCUGCGGGAACGUCUUGCGCGUCUCGGACCCGCGCGCCUUCGCGGCCGAGGUCUGCCCCGUCUACUUCCGGCACCGCAACUGGACGUCCUUUACCAGGAUGAUGAACCUCUACAGUUUCCGCAUGCUCAACGGCACGUCGCGGGCCGUGGCGCCGGACCACGCGCGGACGGCCCGGUUCGUGCACCCUCACUUUACCAGAGACGAUCCCGAUAGGUUGUGGCGCGUCGUCCGCGAGAAGCGGCGCCCUCCACAACCGAAGCCCAAGCCGCCCGACGCGUCGGCCGCCGACGCCUUAUUGGGGUUGGCCGCGGCGGCGGCCGCCGCGGCGCCGGCGCCGGCGCCGAAGCGCCCGGCGGAUGACGCCAGCGACUCGGCGCACGACGCUAGCAAAGAACCUAAAAGACCGCGCAACGACCGGAGCCCUACGUGCUCCGCCGCCCAGAUCGAUAUCAUCUGAGGCCACUUUCGACGAGUCCAUCGUCCCGUUCCUGCUCGAGAAGAACAUCGAACGCUCUGCGCCUAUCUGCGCACCGCUGCCGCGGCGGGGGGCACCUACGUCCGCCCCCCCGCCGCGCCUCCCCUCGACUUUCCCCUCACCGACUCCGCGCUCUAUGACUC